AUGGAGAUCCCUGUCCUGGACUGUAUCUUCAAUGCCUCCGAUCCUCAUGCAUCUACCCUGCCGCUGAGCCCUCACCUGUUCCCCGCUGCUGACCAAGCUGACAUUGACCUGCGCAUCCAGCCUCUCGCUCAAGGAACAACAAAUGGCUUGUUCAAGGUCACCAAUCGCGCAGAUGCUGUGCUAGUCAAGGUCUACGGUGAUGGCACUGACAUCACGAUUGAUCGCAACAAGGAGCUCAGGGUGCACAACCUCCUGGCCCAGCGCGGUCUUUCGUCUUGGCCAUUGGUUCGCUUCGCAAAUGGGCAUGCUUAUCAGUUUAUCCAUGGGAGAGUCUGUUCUGAAGGCGACAUGUCUAAGACAGAAAUCUUCCGCGGAGUAGCAAGGGAGCUGGCGAGGUGGCACGCAUUGCUUCCGCCUGUUGACGUCCAGGGAGCUAGGAAGGAGCUUCACUAUGAACCAAGUGUUUGGUCGACAGCCAGAAAGUGGUUGAAGGCAAUCUCGAAUGGUGAGAAGCGGUCAAGAGAAGAGAUCGAGGGACUGCAGGAAAAGUUCCAGUACCUAACCGACAAGCUACUGCCCACUGAUGUUAUGCCGGAGCCCUUGGUGCUUGGCCACGGUGACCUUUUGUGCGGCAACAUCAUUGUACAAGAGUCGGCUGGUAGCAUGGGAGCUGUGAAUGGGGCUACAGAUGUCGCAACAGUACGCUUCAUAGAUUACGAACAUGCCACCUAUUGCCCUCGGGCGUUUGAACUCGCGAAUCAUUUCGCCGAGUGGACUGGGUUCGAGUGCGACUACAACAAACUGCCAAGCACGUCAAUCCGAAGGGCCUUUAUUCGUGAGUAUCUCACGGCUCACAGCGAAGUCCGUCGGCAACACGAGCCCGAUAGCGCCAGCUGCAAUGGGACGAAAGAGACAACAGAUCUGCCGACUGUCACUGUCACUGACGCCGAAGUGGAGAAACUCAUGCGUCAGGUUGAUGAUUACAGAGGGUUUCCUGGAUUUUACUGGGGUCUCUGCGCCUUAAUCCAGGCUGAGACAGCGACCGGAACUAUCGACUUUGACUACGCGGGGUAUGCCCAGAAGCGCUUUGCUGAAUACGAGGCAUGGCGCAAGAUGCAGGACAGCGAUAACCCGGGAAUGCCACUGAGGGAGGAGAUUUGGGCGCGUCCAUGA